AUGUCCAAGACCAAGGUUUCCUCCAAGGCUGAGAAGCCAAGCAAGACUUUGAGCAAGGUCAAGGACGCCGCCGUCUCCAAGGCCUCCAAGAAGGACGCCGCCAAGAAGGUCGUUGCCAAGGAGGAGAAGUCCUCCAAGAAAAACAAGAAGGAGCCUACCCCCAGCUCCUCCGAGUCCGAGUCCGAGUCCGAGUCCUCCAGCUCCAGUGAGAGUGAGGAUGAGAAGCCUGCCCCCAAGAAGGAUGCCAAGAAGGACAACAAGAAGGCUGCCAAGAAGGAGGAGUCUUCCUCCGAGUCUUCCUCUGAGUCCGAUAAGGAGAUGAAGGAUGCUUCCUCCAGCAGCGAGAGCGAGAGUGAGGAUGAGAAGCCUGCCCCCAAGAAGGCUGAGCCCAAGAAGGCCGCUAAGGCUGCCAAGAAGGAGGAGUCUUCCUCCGAGUCCGAGUCUUCUGAGUCCGAGUCUGAGGAUGAGAAGCCCGCCAAGAAGGCCGCUAAGAAGGAGGAGUCUGACUCUUCUGACUCCAGCGAGUCUGAGUCCGAGUCCGAUGAGGCCCCUGCCAAGGCCAAGGCCGAGAAGGAGUCUUCUGACUCUGACAGCUCCGACAGCUCCGACUCUUCUGAGUCCGAGUCUGAGGAGAGCGAGGAUACUGCUAAGGCUUCCAAGAAGCGCAAGGCUGAUGAUGAGCCCGAGACCUCUGCCAAGAAGACCAAGUCUGAGGACGCUCCCGAGGGUGCUUCUGCCAACCUGUUCGUUGGCAACCUGUCAUGGAACGUUGAUGAGGAGUGGCUCCAGCGCGAGUUCUCCGAGUUCGGCGAGUGCUCUUGCCGUAUUGUGACCGACCGUGAGUCUGGUCGCUCCCGUGGUUUCGGUUACGUUGAGUUCACCAGCGCUGCCGAUGCCGCCAAGGCCAUGGCCGCCAAGAAGGAUACUGAUCUUGACAACCGUACCAUCAACCUGGACUACUCUACUCCCCGCCAGAACAACGGUGACCGCAACGACCGCUCCCAGCAGCGCGCUCGCAGCUACGGUGACCAGACUAGCCCCGAGAGUGACACUCUGUUCGUCGGCAACCUGCCUUUCAGCGCCACUGAGGACGCUCUCCGUGAUGUCUUCUCCGAGUCCGGCUCCAUCCAGGGAAUCCGUCUCCCCACUGACCCUGAGUCUGGCCGUCCUAAGGGUUUCGGUUACGUUCAGUACGCCUCCGUUGAGGAGGCCAAGGCUGCUCACCAGCAGCUCCAGGGUGCCGAGCUUGAGGGCCGCGCCAUUCGCCUGGACUUCAGCACUCCUCGCCCCGCCAACGGUGGUGGUGGUGGCUUCGGUGGUGGCGGCUUCGGUGGUGGCCGUGGUGGUGGCCGCGGUGGUGGUUUCGGUGGCGGUCGUGGUCGUGGCGGACCUCGCGGCGGUGGUGGUGGCCGUGGCCGUGGUGGCUUCGGUGGCCGCGGUGGUGGUGACGGUGGCUUCAACAAGGGCCGUGGCAGCAUCCCUGAAUUCAAGGGCACCAAGGUUACCUUCUAA